AGCUGGCUUUCCAGCGAGCGACGCGAAGGCGGCCCGAGUUCCCGUGUCCACAGGAGGGACUCCUGCUCUCCGUCUUCGUUUUCCAGGGAUCCCGACUGGAGCAGAGUUUCCCGAAGAGGGUCCCGGGCUGCAGCGGGUGGAGCAACCACUGAAUGGGCUCAGCAUGGGGUCAGAUGAAGCGUACAACUUUGUCUUCAAAGUGGUCCUCAUAGGGGAAUCUGGUGUGGGCAAAAGCAACCUGCUGUCGCGCUUCACCAAGAACGAGUUCAACCAUGACAGCCGCACCACCAUCGGUGUGGAGUUCAGCACACGCACAGUGCAGCUGGGUACACUCACCAUCAAAGCCCAGAUCUGGGACACGGCGGGUCUGGAGCGCUACCGAGCCAUCACCUCCGCGUACUACAGGGGGGCGGUGGGCGCCCUGCUGGUGUACGACAUCUCCAAGCACCUGACAUAUGAGAGUGUGGAGCGCUGGCUGAAGGAGCUCUAUGACCAUGCAGACCCGCACAUCGUCGUCAUGCUCGUGGGCAACAAGACGGACCUGGAGACCUUGCGGACGGUGCCCACGGAGGAGGCGAAGGACUUUGCAGAGAAAAAUGGUUUACUGUUCAUGGAGACCUCAGCGUUGGAGUCCACCAACGUUGAAUCUGCUUUCCACGAUGUCCUUGAAGCCAUCUACAAGAAAGUGGCUAGCAAAGAGGUCACCCGGGGGUCCAUCAGUGCAGUGACCCUGUCGAGCCCGAGUGCAAUGGGUGGAGAGAGCCAAGAGGAGAAGAAACCCUGCUGUAAGAACCUCUGACAGGACACCCAACCAACACUGCAGGAAGAGGAAGCCCCCCCUCACACCAGCGCUGUCCCAUCACUCAUUAAUGCCUAACAUCCUGGUCCAGCACGAGUACUGUGCAAUACUGACACUGAUGCAAGACGCUUGUGACCAUUCGGAAUAAAUAGUUCCUCUAAUUCAUUAAAAGGGUAAAAGAACAAGUUUGUUCUACAUAGAAUAAAGGACUUCAAAAGUUGUCUACUUCCCCAAAAUAGGGUAUAUUGCUUAUUAGGGUUACUACACUCUGUAUGCUAAAGAGGACUUUUUAAAAUGACUACAUUUUAAUGGAUUUUUAUCAGCUAAAUUAUUUUUGAUGUGUGUAUUUGACAAAGGAUGUCCAAAUUAGUUUUCAAAUGGUCACAUACAUAAUACUAAUAUAUGGUUCUAACACCAGACUUUUCCUUUCCUUCCAGGCUACUUUAUUAUUUUUUGAUUGUAUAGUUAAACACAUGAGUAUUAGUAUUACCUCCUGGCCUACUAUUGUCACGUGUUAAACAUGAAAUUUAUACAAGCCAACAAACAUGAUACCCACAGGAAAUGAGAAUUCAUACAUUUCAGGGAAUUUUGUUAGUGGGGGGUGGACCUGUCCUCAUUUUGAAUUACUAAGACUGAGAUGCCAAAUUUAAAUUUCUACUAAUUUGUAAACUUAAGAUAUUGUUUGAAAGGAGAGAUCAUUUUGUUUUUUUUGUUAUUUUUGACCUUACUUCUGGAUUCACUGAAUAAAUGGUUAUUUGCUCUG